UGGCUGCCGCCGCUUGGAAGUUGCUCUCGGUAGCCAAGCGCCGGGGAGCCUUGGCUUGUGUUUUCCCCCAUUGCUUUAUUUAAAUCGAGAGGGGGGGGGGGGAGGAACCUGAAGGUCAUCCAACCCACCCCGGUGGCGCCCGUCGCUCCUAUCCUAUCUCAGGCUGGUCCUGUUAGAAAAGGAUCCAUUCUAGGAGGGAUCAUCAUAGGCAUUCUAAGACGCAUUAUAGGAUUGUCCGAAGGUAUUGUUAGAGAAGGAUCCAGUAUAGGAGGAAUUCAAGGCAUUAUAGGACACAUUAUAGGACUGUCCGAAGGUGUUGUUAGAGAAGGAUCCAGUGUAGGAGGAAUUCAAGGCAUUAUAGGACACAUUAUAGGCAUUAUAGGACUGUCCAAAGGUGUUGUUAGAGAAGGAGCCACUAUCGGAAGAAUCCAAGGCACUAUAGGGGGUUAUGGUGAGUUUUCCGGGCUGUAUGGCCAUGCACCAGAAGUAUUCUCUCCUGACGUUUCGCCCACAUCUAUAUACCUCACGACCUCUGAGGAUGCCUGCCAUAGAUGUGGAUGAAACAUCAGGAGAGAAUGCUUCUGGAACAUGGCCAUACAGCCCAGAAAACUCACAACAACCCUGUGAUUCCGGCCGUGAAAGCCUUUGAUAACUCAUUAUAGGACGCAUUAUAGACAUUAUAGGACUGUUUGAAGGUGAUGUUAGAAAAGGAUCCAUUACAGGAGGAAUCAUAGAAUGAAUUACAGGUGUUAUAGGACUUUCUGAAGGUGCUAAGGCUUUGGAGAGGCAAGGUUAAGUGUUAGCCACUGAAAUCCUCCCCAAAUCAGUUCUAUCCCUCCUCCUUCGUUCUUUAUGAAGGUAUUAUCAUAACAAAGUGUCAACUUUGGGCCUCACAGUCCUAUAUCCCAGACUAUCAAGGCAGAAAAUCCCACAGCUUUGAACUGGGUUAUUUGAGUCCACACUCAGAUAAUGUGGGAUUUUCUGGCUUGACUUUCUGGGAUAUAGGGCUGUGUGGAAGGCCCUUAGAUUGCUUCCUGCUUUGGCAGCUACAGAGGAGGGGGUUUUAUCUCUUAAGGAAGAAUAUUUCAGAGGCCCUUUCAGACUCAGGGCCCUUUCACACAGCCAUAUAACCCAAAAUAUCAAGGCAGAUCAUCAUCCACAAUAUCUGCUUUGAUUUAGUUAUGAAAGGGCCUUUCCACACAGCCAUAUAACCCAGAUUAUCAAGGCAGAUCAUCCACAAUAUCUGCUUUGAUCUGGGUUACUUGAGUCCUCACUGUCCUAUAAUCCAGUUCAGUGUAUUCAGCCUGAGAUGCCUUUGGGAAAGAUGCAAAGUAACCAAAGUGGUCUUAGAUUUUCAGUUUAGGAUAGGAUCCUAGAGUUGGAAGAGACCACAAGGGCCAUCUGGUCCAGCCCCGAAUAUACAAUCAAAGCAGCCCUGACAGAUGAUCAUCCAGCCUCUGCUUUUUAACAACUCCAGAGAAGGAGACUGUACCAUCCUUGCAAGGCAGCAGUUGGAAGUUCUUCCUAAUGUUUCAGUGGAAUCUCAGAAUCCAUUGCUCCGUGUCCAAGGGCCCUUCCACACAGCCACAGAACACAGAAUAUCAAGGCAGAUAAUUCACAAUAUCGGCUUUGAACUGGUUUACUUGAGUCCACACUGCCAUAUAAUUCAGAACAGCAGAAAACAAGCUUGCCCCCUCCUCCAUGUGACAUAUUUUCCAAUAUUUUAGCAUAUUUACUUUGUAGCAGAUUGCCUGUUUGUUUUGUUAUGGAGCAGACGUUGCUUUCAAUGCUCAAGUGUUAAGCAUCUUUGGAGCAAGUUCUUCUCUGAUAAAUUGAAAAUCCACAUGAAAACCUAGGGAUGUAAUUUUUUUUCACCCUUCAGAAUGUCAGAGGUUCUUUUUCAGGAGAUGGGAAUGGCUGACACAGGGAAAGUGAUCAUUUUUAACAUUAAGCAAAGUAUGCUACCCUUUUGUGAAAACAAUUCUCUAUGUGUUGGAUGUAUGUGUGUGUGGAGUGGAGCUGUCCCUGCUGUUAUUGAAACCUGUUGAUAAAGCAAAAGUUGUCCUGUGUGCAAAGACCUGGUGACAGAGCAAGUUGCUGUACUUGUGGCUUAAUAUCUGCAUAUGGUAAUCAGCCAGAUAAAUGAACCAGUUAGUAUUCUGUUCUUGUAAUACUUGGUGCGGUCGAGAGGCUGCCGCUACAUUUCAUUUCCGAUCUCAUUUGUGGGAGUGGAAUAAUGCUGGCUGUAUUCUCUGCUGCCUCGCACGUGCCUUUGCUCUCAGAUCUUGGAGCAUCCUAACAGCAGAAAGGCAGGAGGAAGGAAACAUAUCCGCUCCUUAUUCCUGGUCCCAUGGCAUUAGCUCCUUCAGCCCUGUUUGACCAUGGACCGACACUGUCAUCUAUUGGUUUGCUCUGAAUGUCUUUGCUGAAGUCAAGUGAUGGAAAAGAUACAGUGAAGAGGGAGGCUACAAGGCAAGUGGAAGUCUUUUAGUGCACAUAAAGUGAUAAACAAAAAGCUAACAACAUAUUUCCUCUACCGGAAACUCUUAUACAAAAAGGACACCUAACAGAAAACACUUUGAAAGAAUGGAAGAAAAACUUCAGAAUGCCAUCUCAUCAUGAAUCUUAUCCUGGCACCAUGACUCCAGAUAUCUGGAACUCUGGCUUCAGAGGAGUAAACAGCAUCCAGAUCCCUUUAACAAAAAUGGAUCAAAGGGUUUUGCACACUUUCACAAAAUCACCUGGACGUAUGGACAACUGCAGCAACAUUAAAAACAUGGGAAUGAACUGAAGGCCAUCAAAUUCAAAUGGUACAGAACUGUGGUGAAGAUUUGCAAAUAAGAAUGACUCUCAUGACAAUGAAACUACAGACUCUUACAGGGAAUGAAGUAACCCUAAAGAGUUCAGAUCUGCCUUGAUUGAAGUGUAACAUAAAAUGUUACAGCAGCUUUGCUUCUCAAAAUGGUUAGCCAUAGGGAUUGCAGCUUCUGUUAUCUUCAUAGAUUGUUUGGCCCAGAAUGAUGAUGACUGGCAAUAUGAGGAUUGCAAGUUGGCCAGAGCAGGGCCUCCAGCAACUAUAGUUCCGAUAGAUGAAGAAAGUCGGAAUGGGACAAUCCUGGUAGACAGCAUGUUGAUCAAAGGUACAGCAGGAGGACCUGAUCCCACCAUUGAACUGACUCUAAAGGAUAAUGUAGAUUACUGGGUUAUCUUAGAUCCUAUCAAUCAGAGGCUCUAUCUCAACAGUACUGGACGAAUUCUGGACAGAGAUCCACCAAUGUCUAUUCAAUCCAUCGUCGUCCAAGUCCAGUGCAUUAAUCGGAAAGUAGGAACUAUUAUUUACCAUGAAGUUCGGAUUGUUGUUCGGGAUAGAAACGAUAACUCUCCCCAGUUUCAGCAGCAGCAGUACUAUAUUGCAGUCAAUGAGUUAACACCAGUUGGAACUACCAUCUUUACAGGAUUCUCUGGGAACAAUGGAGCCACAGACAUUGAUGACGGUCCCAAUGGCCAGAUAGAGUACGUCAUCCAAUACAAUCCCAGCGACCCAACUUCAAAUAUGACUUUUGACAUUCCUCUUACAUUGUCUGGUGCUGUAGUUUUGCGGGAGAGGCUAAAUUAUGAAGAAAAGACACGCUAUUUUGUUGUUGUACAAGCAAAUGACAGGGCUCAAAAUCUUAUGGAACGAAGAACAAGUACAACCACCCUCACCGUUGAUGUCCUAGAUGGAGAUGAUCUUGGACCUAUGUUCCUUCCUUGUAUAUUGGUUUUUAAGACUCGGGACUGUCGACCACUGACUUACCAAGCAAGUUUGCCAGAGCUCACAGACCCUCUACGUGUGAACCCUAUCAAUGUCACGCCACCAAUACAAGCUAUAGAUCAGGACCGAAACAUCCAGCCUUCUUCUGAUCGGCCUGGGAUCCUCUAUUCCAUCCUAGUUGGAGCUCCUGAGGAUUAUUCACAGUAUUUCAGUAUGAAUGUUACGACUGCAGUACUCAGCCUUCUCAAGCCAAUAAACAGGGAUUUGCACCAGAAAUUUGAUUUGGUUAUUAAGGCAGAACAGGAUAAUGGGCAUCCUCUUCCAGCAUUUGCCAAUCUGCAUAUUGAAGUUCUAGAUGAAAACAACCAGAAACCUUAUUUCACAGAAUCAACGUAUGAGGGGUUUAUUUUAGAAUCCUCCCCUGUUGGUACAACUAUCUCAUACAGUCAGAAUCUGACAUCUCCGCUGCAAAUCAUAGCAUUGGAUAAUGAUGUGGAAGAGACAAAGGAUCCCCUGCUACAUCUUUUCCUAAAUGACUACAAUACGUUUUUCACUGUGACUCAGACUGGAAUAAUACGCUACCUCACCUUACUUCAGCCAGUUGACAGGGAGCUCCAACAGUUAUACACCUUUUCGAUGACUGCUUCAGAUGGUGUGCAAGAAAGCCUCCCUGUUACAGUCAGUAUUGUUGUGAUCGAUGCAAAUGAUAACUCCCCAACUUUCUCAAACAUAUCAUAUAAUGUCAAGAUUUACACAGAUAUGAGACCUGGAGAAAGUGUUAUCAAGCUCACUGCUAUGGAUGCAGAUGAAGGUCCAAAUGGGAAGAUCAUAUAUGAAAUCCUGGCUGGAGAUCAGGGAGACUUCGUAAUCAAUGAUCACACAGGCCUUAUCACCAUUGCACCAGGAACGGUUCUGGUAGUAGGUCGUUCCUAUGCUCUCACUGUCAAAGCAUCUGACAGUGCUCCACUCUCACAGCAAAGGAGCUCCAUCACUACUGUUUACAUUGAGGUCCUUCCUCCAAACAAUCAAAGCCCACCCCGCUUCCCUCAGCAGAUGUACAGCCUUGAACUCAGUGAGGCCAUGAGAAUUGGUGCCAUUUUGCUAAAUUUGCAGGCCACAGAUCGAGAGAGUGACCCUAUAACAUACAUCAUACAGAAUGGAGAUCCUCAACAAGUUUUUAACCUAUCUCGGACAUCUGGGCUACUAGCCUUAGGAAAGCCUUUAGACAGAGAAAGCACUGAUCGCUACAUUUUGAUUGUUACAGCCUCAGAUGGCCGACCAGAUGGGACAUCAACUGCUACAGUAAAUGUGGUUGUAACCGAUGUAAAUGAUAAUGGUCCAGUCUUUGACCAUUUUCUUCCUAAGAACCUCACAGUACAAGAAGAAGAAGCCAAUGCAUUUGUUGGUCAAGUGAGGGCUACUGAUCCUGAUGCUGGAGUAAAUGGUCAAGUCCGGUACAGUUUGGCAAAUUUCAACCACCUUUUUCGUAUAACCUCUAAUGGCAGCAUUUAUACAUCAGUAAAGUUAAAUAGAGAAAAAAAGGACUAUUACGAACUCAUUGUUGAAGCAACAGAUGGAGCUGUGGAUGCCCGUCGUACAACAUUAACUCUGGGUAUCAAAGUGCUGGAUAUAGAUGACAACAGCCCAGUGUUUACCAAUGCUUCCUAUACAGUGACCAUUCCUGAAAACCUGUCCCCAGGCACAGUCUUCCUACGUUUAGAGGCUAAAGAUAUUGACCUUGGAUCCAAUAUCACCUAUGGAAUAAGAACUCCAGAAGCACGUCAGUUUUUUAAACUGAACAGAUUUACAGGGGAACUAUCGCUUUUGAAGUCCUUGGAUUUUGAGUCAUUUCCUGAUACAGAUGCAACUUUCACAUUUUUGGUGGAGGCCUUCGAUAUUGGGGGAACAAUGCCUCCAGGACUUGCUUUGGUCACUGUGAGAAUAAGAGAUAUGAAUGAUUACUCCCCAGUAUUUAGCAAACCUCUGUACAGGGGAAUGGUUGCUCCUGAUGCAAUCAAAGGAACUGUCAUCACAACAGUGGAGGCUGAAGAUCAGGACCCUCCAGGGACACCAGCCAGCAGAGUGCGGUAUAAAGUAGAUGUAGUCCAGUUCCCUUACAGUGCAAGCAUUUUUGAUGUUGAAGAAGAUACUGGACGUGUAGUGACACGAGUGAACUUAAAUGAAGAGCCUAGCACAUUAUUUAAGCUUGUGAUUAUUGCCUAUGAUGAUGGUGACCCUGUGAAGUUCAACACCACCACUGUGGAAAUUUCAGUAUUGCAACCUUCAGUAAUUCCACGUUUUACACAGGAUGAAUACAGGCCCCCUCCUGUGAGCGAAGGUGCACCCAAAGGAACUCAAGUUGUUGUGGUAACUGCUGCUGCCUUGAAUCAGACCAUUGUCUAUUCUAUUGUAUCAGGAAAUGAAAAUGGUGUGUUUGCGAUUAAUAACAGAACAGGUGUUAUCGCUAUCAAAAAACCUCUGGAUUAUGAAACGGUGAAAAACUAUUUACUUCGUGUGCAAGCAGACUCAUUGCAGGUGGUCCGUUCCAAUUUGCCUGUGCCAUCUAAAAGUAAUACUGCCAAGGUGUUCAUUGAAGUACAAGAUGAAAAUGACCAUGCUCCCCUUUUCACAAGAAAGCUCUACAUAGGAGGUGUGUCUGAAGAUGCAAGAAUGUUUUCUUCUGUGAUGAAAGUAAAGGCCAGUGAUAGAGACACUGGAAACUACAGCGCUAUGCAGUACCGACUCAUCAUCCCUCCAAUCAAGGAUGGCAAAGAAGGCUUCGUCAUUGAGCCCUAUUCAGGGCUUAUCAAAACUGCAAUGCUCUUCAAAAAUAUGCGACGAUCUUAUUUCAAGUUUCAGGUCAUUGCAACCGACAACUAUGGGAAAGGACUGAGUAACAAAUCAGAUGUACUUGUCUCUGUGGUCAAUCAAUUGGAUAUGCAAGUCAUUGUCUCAAAUGUUCCUCCUACUAUUGUGGAACAGCACAAGGAUGAACUGAUAGGGAUUUUGGAACGUUAUGUUCAAGAUCAGAUUCCUGGUGCAAAAGUUGUUGUCGAAUCCAUUGGAGCUCGCAGAUUUGGAGAUGGCUAUUCAGAAGAAGAUUAUUUGAAAUCGGAUCUUAUGAUCUACGCAAUUGACCCUCAGACAAAUCGUGCUAUAAUGAGGAAUGAGCUUUUCAAAUUCCUGGAUGGCAAGCUUCUAGAUAUCAAUAAAGAAUUUCAGCCAUAUCUUGGGCAAGGAGGACGUAUUUUGGAAAUCCGCACUCCUGACGUGGUGGCCAAUGUCAAGAAGCAAGCACAAGCCGUGGGCUACACAGAGGGGGCCUUGCUGGCUCUGGCUGUCAUAAUCAUCCUUUGCUGCAUGCCUGCCAUUUUAAUAGUUAUAGUCAGCUACAGACAGAGACAAGCUGAAUGUGCUAAGACAGCUCGAAUCCAGAUGGCCUUACCAGCUGGCAAACCAGCAAGCACUCCUGCCAAUAAUCUGUAUGAAGAACUCGGUGACAGCACCAUGCGAGGCUAUGCGCAGCAAGAGCAACAGCAAUUGCUGAGACCUGCCCUUCUCAGACCAGAGGAACUUUCUAUGGAAUCGGGAAUUGAUCCUGGCCAAGAGUACUAUGGGCAAGAUUACUACAGUUAUGAACAUGGGUACGAAUUGCCUCAAUACGGAAGUCGUCGCCGAUUGUUGUCUCCUUCUGGAAUGUAUGAUGAGUAUGGCGAAGUGGUUGUCGAAGGUGAAGGUGGCUACUAUUAUAGUCCACAGGGACCUACAGCAGAAGCAGAGUGGGCCAGGAAGAAAAGGAUCAAGUUGGUAGUUGAUCCAGAGUAUGAGACCAGCUCCACCGGAGAGGACAGUGCUCCAGAGAGUCAAAGGAAUCGCCUCAGCAACCCCAACAUCCAAACUAAUAUCAAUGGCAAUAUCUACAUUGCCCAAAAUGGGUCAGUUAUAAGAACCCGGAGAAGUUGUCUUUCCAAUAAUUUAAAGGUCACAUCCCCUUUGCGGUUGGGGAAACAUUUCAAGAAACUUGACAAACUAGCAGUGACGCAUGAAGAGAAUGUCCCACUGAACACAUUUUCAACAGGGCCAUCAUCUAGUGACAAACUGAACACAAGACCAUGUAGUGUUUCCUUUGCAUCCUCUGCUAGAGACACAGAAAACCUAGCAACAAGAUCAGGGGGCAACAGAUUGAAAAGCACAGAAGAGCAAGAGUCAAUUAUUGAUAAUGAGGACAUCAAGGAGCCUUUGGAAUUGCCCAGUGAUAUCACACAGUCUGAUGAUGAGGAACUCUGGAUGGGCCCAUGGAACAACCUUCACAUACCAAUGACAAAACUGUGACCUCUCUUUUCCAUUUUAAUUUUUACUCCCAUUUAUAACAAAAAUAAAUUACACUUUUUAUCGUCACUGAGGAAAAACCGUAUGAACUUUGUACCAUUCACAAAAAGUUGUAUACUUUGAACAAAAUGCUUUAAAGUAAAAGAAAAAAUCUAGAAAAUUUGCACUCACAUUUGUACCAAUUAAUUGUUCUUCCCAACAACUCUUUUUGACAGGCUCCGAAAUCACUGAACAAAUACUCAUUAAAAUGGACUAGUUUUGUUGGC